AUGGCAGCCCCCCGUACUCGAUCAUGCUUACAAUAUUUGCUACAUCUCGCCAAUGAUAACAUUGACUUCAGGUUGCCGGAGGUCAGAGCUCUUCUGUCUCUCAGCGGGAAACCAUUCAAUCCUGUGGAAAACUUCCAUGAAAAGUCUCCUUUCUGGUGUCUGGAUGGUUUAUCCGAAGAAGAUAUCCGAGGCGUCAUGGCUAGAUCUAUUUGUGCAAAGUCUGCUUUUGAAUUAUGGGGUCAUGGACGGACACACAGUGAACUCAGAACAUCCCUCUUGAAGUAUCCAGUGGAAAACAUAUCACCUUACAUGGAAAAGGACUCCACAUACAGAAUCAAUGUCGAAACGUUCAACAAGACCCUUGAGUUUCAGAACAGACUCGAGAGAAUUGAUGCAAUGGAUUAUCUUCCAUUUGAGGGCACAGUGAGCCUGAAGAACCCGCAGCACAUCUUCUGUUUGUUAGAGGACUAUGGCACUGACCCCAACAAUAUCCCCGAGCAGCCCUUCUACAUCUACUUUGGUCGUUGGAUCGCAGAUGGGCAACGUGAACUAAUUCGCUCGCAUAGUGUGAAGAGCAGACACUUUAUUGGCAACACCAGUAUGGACGCUGGCCUCUCUUUCAUAAUGGCCAACCAUGCCAGAGUCAAAGAGAAUGACCUCAUCUUUGACCCGUUUGUCGGCACUGGUAGCCUGUUGGUGGCAUGCUCACAUUAUGGAGCUUAUGUCUUUGGAACAGACAUUGAUUACAACACUAUUCAUGGGAAAGGUAGAUCUAGUCGUAAAAACCAGAAGUGGAGAGGCCCUGAUGAGAACAUACGAGCCAAUUUGCGUCAGUAUGGAACGGAGACUUCCUUUAUAGAUGUCAUGGUGUCUGAUGCAUCCAAACCUGUCUGGAGGGAAGGCGCACUGUUUGACGCCAUCGUCACUGAUCCUCCCUAUGGUAUCCGUGAAGCCACAAGGAGAACAGGCUCUCACAAGGAAACUACCAAACCCCCUGAUGACUUUUGUGGGGAGAGCCAUGUCCCAGUCUCCAUGGCAUAUCACCUGAGCGACAUCUUUGCAGAUCUAUUAAACUUCUCUGCUCGCCAUCUGAUCAUGGGUGGGAGGCUCGUCUAUUGGUUGCCUAUCUACAGGCCAGAGUACUGUGAGGAGAUGGUUCCCCUUCAUGCCUGUCUCAGACUGGUCAGUAACUGUGAGCAGAUCCUCUCCAGUCAUACCUCCCGACGCCUCAUCACAAUGGAGAAGAUCAAGGAACCCGAGGAUUCAGAUGCACUCGCCCAUCUCUCCGACCCGCGCUUCAGUCUCUACCAGGGACACAACGCAUUCAGAGAGAAGUAUUUUAGCGGACUUAACAAGAGAAGUGGCAAGGAGGACGAUGAAAUUCUAAAAAAGUGACUGCAUGGAGGAACUGAGAUAAGUGAGAGCUCUGUGGCGCGUCAACCCAAAACACUGUGGUGAACUCCAGCGACUAGAACAGGAUGAUGGAAAGGAAGAACCAGGUAGAGGAAGAUGGGAUAUGGAUGUCAGUAGACUAAAAUAGGACACCUGACUGAUAAUUAGUUUUUUUAUUUCAUUUUUUUUACCUUUCACAUUAAUGUAAUUAUCUUUUAA